AUCUUUGUGGAAUUUGAUGGCUGUAACUGGAAGCAGCAUGCCUGGGUGAAGGUCCAUGCUGAAGAAGUUAUAGUGUUGCUGCUGGAAGGGUCGCUGGUUUGGGCCCCUCGAAGCGAUCCCGUCACGCUGCAGGGAACCCGAGUCUCCCUGGCACAGUGGCCUGCACUGACCUUCACUCCUCUAGUAGACAAGCUGGGUUUGGGCUCUGUGGUCCCAGUGGAGUUUCUUCUGGACAGACAUUUACGUUUCCUGUCUGAUGCCAGUGGAUUACGUUUGUUUCAGAUGGGAACAGAGAGUCAAAAUCAGAUUCUACAGGAACAGCCUUCUCUAAGGGAAUCUGUCAAUGCCUUGAUCAGCGACCAGAAGCUUCAGGAGAUAUUUAGUAGAGGUCCUUACAGUGUCCAGGGUCAAAGAGUUAAGGUUUACCAGCCGGAGGAUGAAAAUAGCUGGCUCUGUGGUGUUGUGGGCCAUCAAGACCCAAUAACUCGUCUCAUGGAGGUGUCAGUGACUGAGAGUGGUGAAAUAAAGUCGGUGGAUCCUCGACUGGUUCAUGUGGUGAUGGAUAACAGUUCUCCAAGCGAGGGAGGGAGCCUAAAAGCAGCUAAAUCAUCUAAAGGCAAAAAGAAGAAAGAAAGUCUGGAUGGGAAGGAUGGACGAAGGAGGAAAAACGCUUUAGAUUCUGGGAGUGAUCCUGCAACAAAGAAACUAAAGGAGAGGGGUGAGGUGGAUAACAAUGGUAGUGGCGAUGGAGGUGAGGCAAGCAGAGGUCCUUGGAAAGGAGGCUCCAGCAGUGAUACAGGACUGGACUCAAGGGCCAAGCAGUUCCCUUCCUUCAUUCCUCAGAUUAAUCGCAAUAUUCGCUUUGCCACUUACACCAAAGAGAAUGGCCGAACACUGGUAGUCCAGGAUGAGCCGGUUGGUGGUGAUGCACCAUUGCCCUUCACUCCAUUUUCCUCUGGGGCUGGACAAGCAUCACUAGUUGGAUCUGCAUGUAAAGAAACAGGAAAAUCACUGGAACAGGUUGGCCAGGGCACAGUGACUUCUGCGGCUGCAGUUACUACAACUGCCUUGUCGCCAACGACUGUGAGAAUCUCUGAUACCAGUCUGCCAGCUGUUACUGGACAGGAGAAAGUGAAAACAAGCCGAUCACAAGCCCAGGGAGAGAAUUCCCGAAAUUCACUUUUGGCGUCUGGAUUUGGAGUCUCUCUCCCAAGUGCUUCCCAGUCGUUGCUAUUUGGGGUUGGAAGGAGUCAGUCGAAUGGAGUGGUGGCUCCAGAAAGCAAGUCUUCUGGAUUUUCUUUUGGCUGUAGUACUGGACAAGAGGCUCAGAAAGAUUCUGAUCUGUCCAAGAACUUGUUUUUUCAAUGCAUGUCCCAAAAUCUCCCUUCUAGUAACUACUUCACGGUAAUUUCAGAGAGCUUGGCUGAAGAUGCCUCCAGUCGGGACUCAUUCAAGCAGUGUACAGAGAGUGUGGGUGUUGGGAUCUGUAAAGGUAAAAUCCUUUCAACGGACACUAAACCAGGAGCCCAGUCUAGCAGUUCUGUGGAGCGGAAGCUGCCUGUGGAAUCUAUGCCUACCCUUACUCCAGCCUUUUCACGAAAUCUGUUGAGUACUCGUCCCCCAGAUAGUCACGAAAACCUAUUUCUGCAGCCCCCAAAGCUAUCAAGAGAGGAACCCUCAAACCCUUUCCUGGCAUUUGCUGAGAAAGUGGAACUUAGUCCUUUCAGUGGAUUUGCAUCUUCAUCUCAGACAGGGGUUUCUGCUCCCUCUGCACCUGUGGGUCAUAAGGCCGCUUCUGGCUGGCCAGACUCGCUCACCUCUACAGACUCUUCUCUAACUAAGAAGAAAACCUUGUUCAUAACAACUGACUCCUCAAAGAUGAUCGCCAGUACUCCUGGUGCAGCAGUUGCUGCUGGUGUUCAGAGCCCUUCCACAGUAGGGAACGGCCGUUCUGGCUCACCAACUAGCAACCUGAUACAGCCUAUUGAGAUGCCCACACUUUCCUCCAGCCCAACAGAAGAAAAACCAGCUGUUGGGCCUGGGCAGCAGGACAAUCCUCUUCUGAAAACUUUUUCUAAUGUGUUUGGCAGACAUCCGUCUGGCUUUUUCUCUUCACAGGCAGAGUUUCCACAGGAGAACAAAGCCCCUUUCGAAGCUGUGAAAAGGUUCUCUCUAGAUGAGCGGAGCUUGACAUCCAAACAGGAUUCAGACUCCAGUACCAAUAGUGACCUGUCAGAUUUGAGUGACUCUGAAGACCAGUUGCAGGCCAAGGCUUGUAUGAAGGGAAUCCCAGACCACCUGAUGGCAAAGCUAGGCCCCAAUGGAGAGCACAGCGCUGAAUUGCUGCUGGGUAAAGGAAAAGGGAAGCAAGCCCCAAAGGGCCGGCCUCGCACAGCUCCCCUAAAAGUUGGCCAGUCUGUGCUGAAAGAUAUGAGUAAGGUGAGGAAGCUGAAGCAGUCAGGUGAGCCUUUUCUCCAGGAUGGCUCUUGCAUCAAUGUAGCUCCACACCUGCACAAGUGCCGGGAGUGCCGUCUGGAGCGGUACCGCAAAUUUAAGGAGCAAGAGCAGGACGACUCGACUGUGGCCUGUCGCUUCUUCCACUUCCGCAGGCUGGUAUUUACCCGGAAGGGUAUUCUACGAGUUGAAGGUUUCUUGAAUCCACAACAGAGUGACCCUGAUGCUGUGAGCCUAUGGAUUCCUUCCGCCUCCCCUGCAGAGGGGAUUGAUCUGGAAACCUCCAAAUAUAUCCUGGCCAAUGUUGGCGACCAGUUCUGCCAGCUUGUUAUGUCAGAGAAGGAAGCAAUGAUGAUGGUGGAGCCACAUCAGAAAGUGGCGUGGAAGCGCGCGGUGCGCGGCGUGCGGGAGAUGUGCGACGUGUGCGAGACCACGCUCUUCAACAUCCACUGGGUGUGCCGCAAGUGCGGCUUCGGGGUGUGCCUGGACUGCUACCGG